AAGUGGGCAUAAAAAAUUUCUCCUAUUCUUUUAGAAAAAAAAAACAAUAAAUAAAUAAUUCUCUAUUUCUCUCUCCUUCCAAUAUUUUACUAUAAAUUCACAACCCUUCCUCCCUUCUCUUCAUUCACACUUCAUUGAACGAGUUUUUCUUAAUUCACUCUUAUUUUUUCGCCUAAACUCGUUAUCCAUCUUAAAUUCACUAUAACCAAAACUUGGAGUUUUCGUUACAAACCUUUGUCCUUAACCCCAUUUGUAUUAAACUUAUUAUUAUCUCAAAAAGCUCCAAAAACUUUGAUAUCGUUUUCUCAAUCCAAUUCCAAAACUACCGGGAUUACUCCCCUGUUUUUCCUCUGUUCUAAAUUGUGGCAAGCAAAAUGUCCACGAGUAUUUGUCAAGGGCUACAAUCAUGCCUGGAGCCAGCUUCGGCCGAACCCAAAGUUUUGAGGCUAAAACUGGCCCUGCCAAAGCCCAUCCUAGCCCCAUCAUCACCACCCAAACCCAACAAUUCUGAAAGUACUUACCAUAAACAAACAGAUGGAAACGACAACAAAAACGUUGGCGCUAGUGGGUGGAACUUUCUCCAAGCUCUUUCAAAUAAUAAUACCAAAAACGACACUAAAACAGAUGAAAAGGUGUAUGUUCAUCCAAUGGUUAAGCGCUCCUCUGCGAUGCUCAAUGCCAAGAGCUUGCAAAUGUGCACGGAAGGCUUGGGGAGCGAGACUGGUAGCGACUCGGGCGACAGCAGUGGAGACGAAAUGUCUUCGUCCCCAUUGUCGUCUGCAAAGACAAAGAAAUCUGGUGCUACACAGGCUGCGAAGAGGUAUUGUAAUCGAAGCUGUAGUAGUAGUUUCCCACCGCCAUUGACCUCUGUGAGUGGCUCUUCUGGUCUUCAGGUUAGACCUCACAGAGAAGAUGGACGCCUUGUUUUGAGAGCCGUCAUUGUACCUUCUGUUCGGAGUUUUUUCCAUGCUGAGCGAACUGACGGAAGGCUCACACUCCGAUUGAUGAGUAGUUCUGAGCCCGUGGAGGAGGAGAAGGAAGAAGAUGAAGAAGAAGAAGAAGAAGGAGAAGAAGAAGAGGGAGAAGAAGAAGGAGAAAAAGGUAUUGAUGAGCUUGAAAUUGAGACUGAAAUUGAAGAAGAAGAAGAAAAGAACAUUGAUGAAGAUAGUAAAACAGCUGAUGAUGAUGAUGAUGAGUGUUUUUGGAGUGGAGAGAUGGAUGAUCAUGAUAAUUGUGAUGAUGAAAUGGUUAAUGAGAAGCUUUGCAGACCAAUUAGUAGUAGGUGCAAAGAAGAUGGUCGUGGGAAGAGAGUUUUGAUGAAUUGGGAGCCAUUUUUGGUGGCUUCUUGAACAACUUCUCCCAUUAUUAAUUAUUAAUCUUCUAUAACAAAAUUUACUAUUAAUUAUUAUUACCUAGCUUAUAUUAUGAAUAGGAUUAUUAGUGGUAUUAAUUAGAAGUUAGAUUAUGAUGAUAAUAUUAUAAUUAAUAAUUACUAAUCUAGCUUUGGUUUGUGCUACUGUGUUAUCUUUUUCUUAAUAUAUAUUAGGUCAUUAUAAUUUGAAAA